AGAGAGAGAGAGAAGAGAGAGAGAGAGAGAGAUUGAAAAUGAGUGAGCCCAAUCCAUAUUCUCAAAAAAUCAGAAAUGGGUUCUCAGAGAUAGGCUUUCAGGGGGAUUUCAUGGGCUCUCUCUCUUACCCUCAUCAAAGAACCAGCAAUAGUCACAGCAACAGUAAUAGUAACAGUGAGAGUUACAGUAAAAGCCCUAAAGCUCUGGGGCUGUUCUCUUCCUCUUCUUCAGGUGAGACCCAGAGCAAGAGGGAGAUGGGUUUUCAGGUUUUGAGCCCAGCCAAACAGAGCAAGAGGAAAGUUUUGAGCUUUCAGUCAUCGAUGGAGGAUAGUGAGAGGAAGGGAGGGACGGAAGACUGUUACAGGGAUGAGAGAGAGAGCCAUGAGGAAGAGCCCAUGGGGAAUUGUGGUGGGAAGGAGAAUGAAGAUAGGCAUUCUAAGCUCUGUGCCCGAGGCCAUUGGAGACCAGCUGAGGAUGCAAAGCUUAAGGAGCUUGUUGCUCAGUUUGGUCCCCAAAACUGGAACGUCAUUGCUGAAAGGCUUGAAGGAAGAUCAGGUAAGAGUUGCAGGCUCAGAUGGUUCAAUCAGUUGGACCCAAGAAUCAAUAGGAGGGCUUUCAGUGAAGAAGAAGAAGAGAGACUCUUAGCUGCUCAUAGGUUAUAUGGCAACAAAUGGGCCAUGAUUGCUAGGCUCUUUCCUGGCAGGACUGAUAAUGCAGUGAAAAACCAUUGGCAUGUGAUAAUGGCAAGAAAAUACAGAGAGCAAUCCAAUGCAUAUAGGAGGAGGAAGUCUCUGCCACAGCAGCAACAACCAACAAUGCAGAGGAAGGUUGAGACUAGCAAUGGACGCGGAGCAAGUGAUUCUUCGAUUUUGAGUAACAGGGAUGAAUCUGCCUCGACAUGCACUGAUUUGUCUCUCAAUUCUUCAAAUAGCAGGGCGUUUCCUGGUUUUUACAGUAGAUUUGGCACUCUGCAACAUCAGGGUGAGGAAGAGAAGAACAAAGCUUUGGGCAAUGGAACCAUGGAAAAGUCUGAGGGACCAACAAAUGGGUUUUACUUCUCUCUCCCUCCACCUCCUCAGAUGGUGUUACUGAAGCAGUCAGACUCUGAAUUCCUUCAAACUUCAUCAAUGGUCGGUGAGAGCAGGAGAGAGAGAGACCAUCAGUUUGUGUACGGCGAAAUCAAUCAUAAGAGUGAGAAAAUGAACCUGCUUUUCAUUGAUUUCCUUGGAGUUGGAGCGACCUGAGAGGAGACAAUAAGGGGCUAAAUACUUUAAAAAGGAGGAGGGGGAAGCCAUUAAAGCUCUCUCCUUUAAGCAAGCAAUAGUGAACAGUGGAAGUAACUGAGAAAACACAGAGGCUAGAUUCACUGUUUUUGUACAGACAAACCCAGAAAAGAGAAAUGAGGAAAAGGGAGGGGGGUUUUGUUCAUGGGAGUUCUCUCUCUCUAACAAUGAGGAAAAGAGGGGGUUUUGUUCAUGAGAAUUCCCUGUCUCUUUAUUCACCUGUUUCAAGUAAAAAAAAAGAAAAGAGAGUUCUCUCUCAUUUUGUUCA